AUGGAUGACCCUGAAGGUAUUGUCACCGCAAAGACUGAAUGGAGGCUUUGUGCGUUAUGCCAAGAAUCAAUUAGCGAAGAGCCUUUACAGUGCCCUGCAGACUCAAAACGCCAAGACAUAGGUGCUGGAUAUAAAACAAUGGCAGGCAAUUUAGAGAAAUUUGCGAAUCUGGGAUGUAUCCCAAGGGAAAUCUGUCUAUCCCGAUUGAACGAAGGCGGUGGCAUCGCAGCAACUUUAAUAAAGAACAAUGCCCGAUGGCAUAGAAGUUGUUAUGCCCUUGUCAACUCGACCAGGCUAAAAAGAGCUGGAAAAAGAGAAAAGAAGAAGCAGCCGAUAGGUGGUGAAAAUUUUACGCGUUCAAAUGCCAAUGCCUACACCAAAGACACAAGUCCCUCUUGUUUCUUGUGCGAGUCUGAUGAUCAGCCGUUACACUGUGUCACGACACUUGGG